ACUUCUGAAAUAUUCUGAAAUAUUCUUUUUAUGUAGCGUAUAACAUGCUUCAUAAACGUAAUUUGUCGCUUUAUGACAGAUCGAACAGCUGUUUUUGGCGGUUCGGUACCUAUCAGUGUGUGCUUCCUCGUGAAAGCGCGUAUAUUUUAACCUAAAAGUGUCGGUCUUUUGUUUAUUUUUCAUCAUUGAAAUCAGUUUUAAUGUGUUAAACAUUGUGUCUUCGUGUUAUAAUUCAUAAUACAUUCAUGAAAACAAACUUUGUAGAGUGCCGCGUGUAGUUUUAGUAAAUUCUUAUCCAUUUUGUGUGUUGUGUGUUUACAUUAUAGUUUUGUUUAAUUUUUGACUAAUCUUCUUAUUAUUCUAUUAGUGUAAUUUUAAAUUUUGAAUUAUUAUUGUUUUAGUAACCUUAAGUCUUAAAAAAAUUGACAUCAAUAUCUCUUAGCUACUAAAAAUUAAAUGCUAAAAUUCAUAAAAUCUCUGUUUAAAUUUCCGACCGCUUCGAAUUUCGAACGCAUUGCAAACAGGUUUGCCUUUUUAAAACUUGUUAAAAUGGAAGGCCAAGGGGUGAAAACCAAACCUGAGGUCUUAGAUUUACAACCGGCUAAAAAAUUAAAACUCUCUGAUGAGAGUGGAAACUCUUUAGUGAAACGUACUGUGGGUACUAUGUGUGGGGCUUGGAGGCCUGAAGAGGAAGACGGAGGCAUGGUACUUGUUUUUGAAACGAGAAAACCGUGCCUAAGUCCUGACCCAACCAACGAGAGUGACUUCCCGGAGAAUAUUGCUGAUUUCUGGGUGGCGAGUGGGCAGAGCGACGAUGAGAUACAGUGUGAAAAGGACAACGGGAAGAACUGCAUAUUGUCUUGCGAGAAGAGGAAAGCCGACGACACAGACAUCAAUAAGGACUUAAAAAAAGCAAAAUUAGAAACAAAAGCGCUGAAAGCGAAGAGGCCAGGGUUCACAGACGACAGAUACAACGAGACAUCAUACUAUAUUGAAAAUGGUCUCAGAAAAGUAUACCCCUACUACUUCACAUUUACCACCUUCACAAAAGGGAGGUGGGUCGGGGAGAGGAUUCUGGACGUGUUCGCGAGAGAAUUCAGGGCUCAUCCUGCUGCUGAAUACGAGAGGUGCAUCAGAGCCGGUACUCUCACUGUCAACUACGAGAGGGUAGACCCCGACUACAGAUUGAAACACAACGACCUCCUAGCCAAUGUCGUCCAUAGGCACGAAGUACCGGUGACCAGUCAACCGAUCACCCUGGUACAUAUCGACGAGGACAUUGUCGUUGUCAACAAACCAGCCUCUAUCCCCGUUCACCCAUGUGGACGGUACAGGCACAACACAGUCGUUUUUAUACUGGCUAAAGAAUACAACUUGAAGAAUUUGAGGACCAUACACAGAUUGGACAGGCUAACGUCUGGUCUUCUGCUGUUCGGACGGAGUCCAAAGAAAGCAAGGCAGAUGGAACAUCAAAUCAGGAACAGACAAGUGCAGAAGGAAUACGUCUGCAGAGUUGACGGAGAAUUUCCUGACGAUGAGAUCGAAUGCCAAGAACCGAUUGAAGUGGUGAGCUACAAGAUUGGAGUGUGCAAGGUGUCACCAAAAGGCAAGGAUUGCUCCACAGUGUUCAAGAGAUUGGGAUUCAACGUCAGAACGAAUACUAGCGUGGUGCUUUGCAAGCCCAAGACGGGAAGAAUGCAUCAAAUUAGGGUGCACUUGCAGUAUUUGGGGUACCCAGUAGUAAACGACCCUCUUUACAACCACCCGGUGUUUGGCCCCCUCCGUGGUAAAGGGGGUGACACAGGCGGUAAAUCAGACGAGCAGCUGGUCAGAGAUCUGAUUGCUAUCCAUAAUGCAGAGAACUGGCUUGGAGUAGACGCUGCUGAUGAUGACAUGCUGUUUUCCAAGCCGGUGUCUGAUGAUAAAGUUGGUGAAGAUGACUGUGACACAGGCCCAGCGUCAAGAGAAUCGUCUCCGAGACUGGAGUCACCCGCUCCUGGUGUAACACCAUCUUCCAUUAUGACACCAACGCUGCCCAGUCCAUCAAGUGGGGCGGAGGCUCCAGCUGAAGUGUCAUCACCGGGAUCCUGUACACUCGCACCAUCCCCUGCCAUCUCACCAUCGCUGAAUGAUGACUCCAAUGAUGCUAAGUCGGACAAAGUGACAGUGGCGACACAGACUGGCUGCGCAGCGACUGCAACGAGCUCAGCCGCCUCAAGCGUUGUCAGCACCAACGACGCGUUGACCUCCGACCCUCAUUGCUACGAGUGCCGAGUCCGGUACCGCGACCCGCGGCCCAGGGAUCUUGUCAUGUAUCUCCAUGCUUGGAAGUACAAGGGACCCGGGUGGGAGUAUGAGACCGAGUUGCCGCAAUGGGCAUCUGUGGAAUGGGAGGAGCCAGAGAACUCAUAGUUGCAAGAACUAACACCAUUGAGCAGGCGCCUCGCCACCAUAAACGUCAAGUGAAGACUUUAGAAGACAUUUUCGAUUAAGGACUGACAUAAAAGAUUUUUAAUCAUUUAUUAUAAAGUGAUAAUUGUUUUGAAAGUUUUGAAACAAAUCAAUAUUGAUAGUAAUAUAAAUAUUGAUUUGUUUACACGUGAGGCGCCCGAAACCAAAAUGACGUUUGUACUUGUUUGGCUGUUAUCUUACAGUGCUCUGAGGUAAGUUUAUAAUUAAAAUAAGUGAGAUUUAGAUUAAGGAUAGUUUACUUUCCGUGCUGUUCCUCAGCUACUUUGACUUUUGUUCGAAAACAAAAUUUUAGCUAACUUUAGAGCACUAUUUGACUCGUGUUUGCAUGUUUACUUUCGUAUACUUAAGAUUAAGCCACUUUGGGUAUCUUUGGGCAAUAUCGCUGUCUUGUUUUCACUCACGCUGUUUGUCGUUAGCUCGAGAGAAACAACGAUGAUGCUCGAACUUCCUGAAGUGUUUUUUUUUUCUCGGCUAUAUAUGUGUUUCUUUGUUUAGUAUUUUUUAGAAUUGUAUCCGUUUUGAGUUCCUAUCGGCCUAGGAUGUUUGAAGCUUGUUGUAGUGUAGCGUAAGGGAAUGUAACAAUUUGUAAUAAUAUCGGUACCAUAAAAAUAGUAUAUAUCGCUUUAACGAGGCAGGGUCAGAACCACAAUCAUAAAUGAAUAUAUUAAAUGAGGAAAAAUCAUUUUUAAAAACAUUUGACAUGGGAUAGCUCUUCUACCGAAUUCUGAAUUUAGGGAAUUUUUAGUGGAGAUUCUCUACCAAUAAUUAUUUUGACGUUUUUGCCCCAACUUAAUGUCAAACUCAUUUAUAUUAUUAAAUAAGAAUGUUGCUUUUAAAAAAUAAGCUUUCGUAGCAUUUUCUUUUUUAUAAAGUAACUAUUGGUGGAGUCUCAAUAACUAAUUUUGAAUAAAAUCUCGGACCACUUCUAUAUUUUCUUAAUAUCUUGAAAAAAAUAGGACCACUGUUUUAAAAAGGUUUUAUAGAAAAGCUAUCUCUUAAAUACUAGGUGCGUACAUUUAUAAAUGAGAAUUCAUAGGUAAAUAUUGGAUAAUAAGAUUUUACUGUUGGUCGGUCGAAGUUCUAUUUCGCCUAAUAGUUGAGUAUGUCUUUUUUAAUCUGAAUGGCCACAGUGUUAUCUGAAGCUAUCAUAAGUCGGACAAAAUUCGGUGAAAUAAAAUUCGGCUUAUCAAUAGUUCACAGGAUAAUAAGGUAUAGUAAACAUUUUGUCGCAUUUUGUAGACGGUGUUUUAGCUACGUCGUCACAUUUUGGCUUCCAUAGUUUUGAGUAGAAAAAAAAACAAGUAUUUAGAGAAGAAAUCUCGAAAUUUUUGUACUUUACAUACAUAGAGUAACUUUACUAAUAAUUUUCUAUAUUUAUGAACAUAUCUUUUUCUGUUCUGCUCUCAUUGAAGCCUGUUCUUUUAUGCAUUUAUUGUAUUGUACGUAUUAUAUCACUGAAUUAAUAUACUCCUAAAUUAAACUGUAUCUAACUAUUUCAAAAUGUAAAACCGAUGUUUAAUAAAAAUAAACCUUAUGCACGUACUAUACAGUUCGCGACAAACAGUGAAUUCUGUGAAAAGAAAUACGAUACGCAUACGAAAACUGUAUAGCAUCGUAAGUGUCAUUUCAUCGAAUACUGUAUAUUUUGACAGAUAAAGUGACCGCCACGGACUGACCGUUGUUGGCCGAUAGUCCUAAAAUAUAUUUCACAAAAGACCUAUUUUAAAAAUAGAAAAGAUUAAAACAUUUUUAAGCAGCAGGUUUAAAGACAUGAAUAAUAAUUUCAUUUAUCUUCUAUUCUAUAUUUUGUGCGUGUGUAGAAUAAGUUCCAGUUUGCUUAAAUUUAUUGUUUGGAUUGUUUUGAUUUUCUUUGAUUUGUAACCGUUAACGUGAAUUAAACGCUGGUUCGUUUAUUUUCUAGUAUACAUUAUAUACAUGUUAUAUUUAUUAGUAUAUACCGUUAUUAGUAGUUGUAAUAAAAUGUAAAAGACAAUUUCUUGUGACUCUAAAAUAUUUUCACGAGCUUUCAAACAUUAGUUAAAUGGAAAUUAUAUAUUUUUCUUACUUCUAGCGUAGAGUAGCGUGUCGUUUUUGUUGUCGUAUAAUUUAUAGUAUUUGAAGUGAGUAAUUUCUUAUUUUUCAUUCCAUUAUCAAAUAAUCCAGACAUUUUCAAUGUCAGUUUACUUACACUGGCUGGCGUUUUUUGUAAAGACAAGCAUGUUCAAUAUUCCACAUAUCAAUACUUUCUAUCAAAUGAAAUUAUGUACAAGUAUGAACUAUUUCCCAUUACUAAUACGUAAUUCAAUUAUUUUAUUGGUAUAUUUAAAUAAAAAUAUAACACAAAACACCUUAAUUACUUCCUCAGUUAAUGAAUCAACUAUUAUUAAAGUCUACAAUUUGAGAAAUAUCAAUGACAGAAUCAAAUUGAUUUCUCUAAUUUAUCGUUCACUUACCCGUACUCUUAACUAACUGGCACUUGCCAGGCAUAAAACUCGAUUAUUAUUUUGAUUUUCAAUUCAUGAUUAAAUUUUAAAGACAAAUUAAAUCAUCAAGUUCUGUUGGGUAGGGAGAAUGGAUAUCAUUUUUAGAAAGGCACCUACACUAAAAUAUAAUUGCGUUAUUCCAUUUUGUUUAUUUGUACGCACAAUCUGAUGUUGUUUUUGUAUAAAAGACCAAUCAUUUUAAUACGUAAUUCCAUAGGCGUUGUUGUUCAGAACAAUUAGCAUAAAUGUUAUAAAAUAAAUAUAAUAAAAUCACUCACUUCAAAUAUUUAUAAACUCUAUAAUAUUAUAAUAUUGUUGCUAUCGGCUAUACGAUUGUAUAUACGCUAAAUGUUAUCUGCCACGGUUGUAUUCAAUCUUCCAUUAAUUUCAAAAUUAAAGCUGGCUGUCUAUCUGUUUUGGGAUCAAACUACUUAAUGUAAAAAUAUCAAUGGUGUAAGGAAAUGAGAGGAAUUUGUAGUCUAUUUCUUUUGCUGGCAACAUUUUACACGCCGUUAGGUUGGUACUACUGUGUGAAGCGUGCCAUUGACGGCCGAUAACAGUAGUACCAACUUAAAUGGUUUAGAAAAAAUAGUUUCAAUCGUACCGUUUGCCUCAUCAGUAAUUAUGGAUACCCAAAUAUGUUUCCAAGAUAACAAAACAGAUUUUUUAUAUAUGACGUAAUAGUAGCGUGUACAAAGUAAGAAUUAUCUGUGGCAUAUCACCUAGGUACCACUAUGAAGCUAACUUGACUGGUCGACUAAUAAUAUGACAAAAGGACAACCUAAAAGGACUAUUAAGGCGCCCCGCGCACGGGUGCACGGGGCGGGCCAACUUACAUUGGGAAAAUAACAAGUUGGUAUAAUUAUCCAGCGUAAGUUGGUCUGCAGGGUCUGCACGGCAAACGCGCCGCGCGCGGUGCGAAUUAUAUCGAAGGCUUCGACCAAUUGCCGUACCUACGAUCUAUGUAGAUAGCAUUCGCAGCAUUUAUUGGCGAAGCCCUCGAUAUAUUCCGCGACACGCGCGGCGGGGUUACUGUGCCGCGAAGGCUGACCUUCACCCGAGUUUUGGCAUAGGUAUGCGCUAUAAGUCUGACUGCAAGUAAUAAAAGACAGGUAAAAUGGAGACAAAUAAUGUUAAUCAGUCAAGUAAGUUUCUUCCGAUGAAUAUUGUUGUAUUUUUAUAGUAUGUAAGAGCUGUUCAUAUAUAUUUAUGUUAUAUAUAGUAGGCCCAAACUAUCGUUCGGCGACUGAAUGUAUUAAAGGGCUGGUGUUACCACAUGAAAAAAACUAAAUUAAAAAAAAAUCUAAACGCAAUACGCGAACCAGCCUUACAUUUAAAUGACUGUAAUUUUAAAAAAAUACAUGUAAAAUGUAUCUUUACAUUGUUAUUCUUUUAAUUUACCCGCUUUUCUUGUCAAAAUUAAAUGAAGAAAUUGAACCACUGAUUCUGUUCAAUUCAUUUAUUUAUAAGAAAUUUUCAUGUGCCUUCUCAAAAUAAUGAUGAAAAAUAAAUGAUAAAUAGUAAAAGUAUGUUUUUAAUUACAGUUUGUAAUUGUUACACGUUUUGACAUUUGUAAGUAGUGUUACAUUGGCACAAUGGAGCUUAUGCCUUGUAUUGUGAAGUGUGGGUAGAGAGAAAAAUAACAUUUAAUAUAAUAAUUUCUUAAUGAUAAUUAUAAUUUUCAUUAAAUUCAAAUAGUAAGUACCACUUGGGUACCUACAUCUAUGACUUUUUAUAAUUUUAUUCAUAAUUUAAAUCUAUUAUUUUUUUAUAAAUAAUACUUUUGACUUGUUUUAUAAGAUCUCUUGUUAUUUAUUUAUUAUUUAACAAAUAAUGAUCUCUUUUGUUCAUUAAAACAAGUCAUUUUACAGACAUAUAUGAUUUUUGUUUUUGUAUCAUCACCGGUGCUUAGCGAAAGUCAUAAAGAGAAAAUUAAUCGAAAAAAAUUGUAACUCGGGCCGAACUUGAACCCGCAGCAUUUGUCAAGCCGAGACGAGCGAGUUAACCAUUACACCAUCGAGUCCUACUCCUGUCUACGCGAAAUUAUUUCUAUGUAUCGUCAUUAAGCCGCACGCCAUCUAUCUAGAAUAUUGAGUACUAAUAUUACUCAAUGAAGAAGGCACGCUCGUCCCGGCUUGACAAAUUAAAAAAUCGUUUUUUUUUUUAAAUGUAUAUGUAUCUUUUUUAAUUUCUCUAUCCACAUUAAAAAGCUCGUGUUUGGCACAAUUUUGAAAUGUUCUCAUAUUUUGCAAAUAUUUUACUUUUUAUUUCUUUUUCUUAUUUUUUUUUAAAUACUAAUGAGUGUGUUCUCAUUGUCAAUACCGGUAGUUGUGCCAUCAAUGGCUUAAUUUUGACAUGUAACUUAGUUUUUUUUUUUUUCUUGUAUAUUAAUUUGAACGAUGACAAAAUGAAAGACAUUUGUUAUUUUAAUAAGUAUUUCGUGAUUAAGAAUAUAAUAGCGUUUCCUUCUUUAGAUUCAUGUUAUAAGAAUUCAUGUUUCCACUUAAAUUUAAUUAGAAUAAAAUUCAUCAUUGACUU